UUAAGCGUAAAGAGGAUGAUAAAACUUUUGUUAUUGGUCUGUUGACAACUGCUUGACCAAUAAGAUUCAGUUUCCUAGUCACAAUAUUUUCAUUCCUGAGUAAGAAAUGGGACACAGAAGUGUGUCAAAGUGAAAAAUAAGAGACCUGGGACUUCUGCAUUUUUUUUUUAUCUCGACAGAUCUAGUGACUUCCAGAAGAGAUGGAGGACACCAACAAUACUUUAGAUGUAGAUGCAGAAGAUUUUAGUUCUGUGACACAAGUGUACAUGGACUAUGGAAACGAUGAUGAAUGUAACAUUGAUAACUCCACUUGUUCAAAGUUUGAUGAUGGUCCUCAUUUUGGAAAUGACAACUCGAAUGCCGACUCCUGUCAGGGAAAGAACGUGGAUGAUGAUGAAAGUCGAUAUAUUCACAACACCAUAUCUGAUGAUCGAAUAGAGAUGAGCAUCUAUCCAGGGAUGAGGGGUGUUCCUGCUAAUUUCAACCCCUCACAUGCCACCAUCACUGUAGAAAGCUGUGACCCAAAAACAAAAGAAAAAGAGGUCAGAAGAUUUCAGUGUGAUUACAAUGGCUGCACUAGGACUUACAGCACAGCUGGAAAUCUGAGAACACACCAGAAAACACAUAAAGGUGAAUACACUUUUACCUGUGAGUCACCAGGCUGCGGCAAGGCCUUUUUAACUUCCUACAGUUUGAAAAUCCAUGUACGUGUACACACAAAAGAAAAACCAUACGAAUGUGAGGUCAAAGGAUGUGCCAAAAACUUCAACACCUUGUACAGACUACGAGCUCACCAGAGAAUUCACACUGGGGACACAUUUGAUUGCCUCGAGGACGGUUGUACCAAAUUUUUUACCACAUUGAGUGAUUUAAGGAAACACAUACGGACACAUACAGGGGAAAAACCUUAUCAAUGUGAUGAGAGUGGAUGUGGGAAGGCAUUUGCAGCUAGUCAUCAUUUAAAGACACAUCAACGGACACACACAGGAGAGAAACCUUAUGCUUGUCAUGAGGAUGGGUGUUCUCGGGCAUUCUCCACUUCCUACAGUCUAAAAACUCACAAAUCCAAACACGAAAAAUCACAGGGUGAACAGCAUUCAAAUGAAACAACAGCGACGAUUUAUGGUGAAGAUGGAAGGUUUCAGUACAAUAUUUCAGAAACCGAGGGCAUUUUAGAUACCUUAGGACUGUUUGAAAUGGGUGACCAAAGUCAGUCAACCACAACCGAUUAUGCAGACAGACCAGCCAUUACAGAGAUUGUAGAUGAACUGAAGGACACAGAUAAUUGUAAUAUGUGUGUUUAUAACAGCACCCAUCAACCUGUCCCAACCAGUACAGAUGUCAAUUAUACCAACCAACAGCAGCAAGUCUUUACCGAAAUCAAGAAAGCCACCUCACAACAACCAGUAAAGGACGUGGUUCAAUUAACACCCGUUCCGGUCAUCCCAAUUAAUCUCCCAGUAGUGCAAGACAUCCACUCACUCCAGAAUACUGCACCGAAUCUCCAAUCUCUGGAGGCUCAGCCAAUGUCAAUACCAGCCGUGCAGACCACUCCGAAGGGGGAUAACUCAUUGCAGACAGUCACUGCUCUGCCUGUGUUACAGAGUAGCGGGGAUGUGGUGAAUAACUCGUCCAUGUUUGUGGAGCACUAUCUGAUUACAAAAGUGAUUGAGAAAACUCCCUCUGGUCAGCAGCUGAAAUCUGAGAGUACUCUUCAGCUCACACCAAGUUUGCAGACACAACAAGUUUUUGAUGGAUGUCCAUCUGUGAUAGAUCUUUCCACAACAAGUGGUGGCAUCAACUUGAAUCCUCAAACUCAGCAGCCUGGGCAGUUCAUAAAUCCCAACCCAGUCAAUGCAAAUGUUCCAGUCAUGAAGGAAACCGGUCAAGAUUUUAUGAUUCUGAGCCCUCCUGACCCAAGUGUUAUGAUGCCAGUAGCAAGUACAGUGACUCAAGUUGGAACUGCACCCCCUGAGCAGGUUCAGAAUGGAACCAAUCAGCAAGUUGUUUGCAACGAGUUGGUUCAGAAUGUAACCAAUCAGCAUGAUGUUUGCAAUGAGUUCCAAACCAUUAGUUCAGUACAGCAAAAGAGCUCUGACAAGAAGUUGGUUACCCCAGCAGAAUUUAAUGUUCGAAUGGAACAUAUUCCAGCUAUCAUUGCUGCAAAUCCAGACAAAAAAAUCACCAUUUUACCUUGCACUGAUGGAACAUUGCAGCCAUUUAUUGUCAAAAUCUCCACAGACAAGGGUCACAUUGAACUGCCAUGUGGAAUGGAUGGGAAAUUUGUUCCAGUGGUUACCGCUGCAAAUUUUGUCUUUAACUCAACUGAUUUGUCAACAUUACUUAAUUAAUUUGGACAAAUAAUUACCUCGUGAUAUUGCUUUAAUUGGUUUGUUAAGAAUCAGCUAAAUGUGUGAUAUUAAAUAAUUAUUAACUAAACUGUUGAUUUUUAAGAAUGAGCUAUUGAAUUGUUAUGAAUUAUUGUCUAUAUCCUGUUAAUUGUUUUCAGUUCAAAUCAGAUUUGUUUUACAAUAAAAGUGCUUUUCAUGGAAUGAUAAUAAAAUA